AGCAGCUUCAAGGGCUGGAGAAGGCUGACAUGACUGUGUCAUUCACUCCUGUGAAGAGUGAAGAUGUUAAAGUGGAAGCUCAUUCCUCGCAACCUAAUCACAGAAAAACUGAACAGAUGGAGACAGGAGGUGAUGGAGAGGACUGUGGAGGACCAGAACCAGACCGCAACUCUGGUCCAGCCAGUCCUCCAGAUACUGAUAAGAAAACUGGAGACUCUUCUGAGACUGAGGACAGUGGUGAUUGGAAUGAGACCAGAGAACCUCUGUCUGGUGAAGAGUUUGUCAGUGAUUCUAGAUGUAGAACAAGUGAGAAACCUUUGAUCUGUUCUGAAUGUAAGAAAACAUUUGGUUGCAUUCAGAAGCUGAGGAAACACAUGAUGACCCACACAUCAGAGAAACCUUUCAGCUGCUCUCAGUGUGGUAAAUGUUUCACCCAAAGGGGACAUCUAAACAUACACGAGAGAUUGCACACAGGGGAGAAACCUUUCAGCUGUUCAGAUUGUGGUAAAUGUUUCACCCAAAGGGGAAGUCUAAAUGUACACAUGCGAUGUCACACAGGAGAGAAACCUUUCAGCUGCUCAGAUUGUGGUAAAUGUUUCACUAGAAGUGAAAAUCUAAAGAGUCACAUGAGAAUGCACACAGGGGAGAAACCUUUCAGCUGCUCACAGUGUGGGAAAUGUUUCACUAUGAGUCAACAUCUAAAGAGUCACAUAAGAUUGCACACAGGGGAGAAACCUUUCAGUUGCUCAGAUUGUGGUAAAUGUUUCACUGAAUGUGGAGCGCUGAAGAAACACAUGUAUUGUCAUUCAGGGGAGAAACCUUUCAGCUGCUCACAGUGUGGUAAAUGUUUCACCCAAAGGGGAAGUCUAAAUGUACACAUGCGAUGUCACACAGGAGAGAAACCUUUCAGCUGCUCAGAUUGUGGUAAAUGUUUCACUAAAAGUGAUAAUCUAAAGAGACACAUGAGAUUGCACACAAGGGAGAAACCUUUCAGCUGCUCAGUGUGGUAAUUGUUUCACUAGAAGUAGAGAUGUAAAGAGACACAUGAGAUGUCAUACGCUGUGUAAAUCUAAAAGUCCACAUGAAAACUCAGAUGAGAAUCCCCUUUAAUGUCUUUCCCUAAUUUACAUCACCGUUUCCCACGUGAGUUUUGAAUAUCCGUCGCAAAGCUAUAAUGACAAAUAUUUGAAGCUACUCUUCAUGUUAACAAUUAUAACCAACUAUCUAAGAAUUCCUCACAGGGAUUUUUUGGGACGACACACUUUAAUUGGGACGACACUCUGGUUUGGUUUUUCCUAUGCUCCCGAGGGUUUUGGGUCACAGGAUGUCACAUGUGAUAUACAAAAUGAAAUUAAUUGAAAUAUCUUCUGACAGAUGGUCAGAAGUUCAUAUUUCAAGAACAAAAUGUUCUUGUCAGUCACACACAAACUAUAAACUAUCCUAAGCUAUUAAUUCAUUGGAAAGGUGUAAUCUAAGGCAGUGAUUCUAAACCAUCGGUCCGCGAGCGCCACCUAGAGGCUUUUUACCCGUGGGCAGUUGAAAUAUUUCUACUCUGGGCAAAGAAUUAUAAUAAUAUAAUUAAUUAACGCGUUAAAGUCCCGGCCCUAAUUAAUGCAUACAUUUCCAUGAACCAAAUUCUGUUUUGCAUUUUUUAUGUGCAGAAAAAUACCAGAAGGCCUUUAAAUGUUUUUCAUGCAUUGAGUUCUUACUCUUUAUAUUGUUUUAACGUUUUUUUAGGAAACUUUUUUUAGGCAUUAGUUUUCCUAGUCAAUCCUCAUAUUGAGCUGCUUACAUAUUUAUAUAUCGAACUAAUACAUCUUUGUGUGUUGAGAAACAAAAAGUAGAAAACAUUGC